AUGGUUGAGAGUUUAAUUGCUAAAAAAUCAAAUAUUGGUUCAAAUGAAUAUUAUGAACGUAAUGAAAAUGAGGAAGAGCUAAGUUUUAAGGAGGAUAAUUUAAGUGAACAAGAAGAAAAUGUGUCAUUUACAAAUGAUUUUUAUGACGAUCCCGAUUAUGAGUGUGAAAAAGAAAAGGAAGACUGUAUAGAAGAAUUUGAAAAUGUUGAAAAUGCCGAUGUAAAAUAUUGUCUAGUAUUUAUUGAUUCAUUACUAACACUGUUUAUGAUUUGUAAUAUUUGCAAAAGUAAAAUAAUAAAUAAAAAAUGGUACGCAAUUGGUGCAACAACAUGUGUAAAAUCAGAAUGUAGUGAAGGUCACUCGUCAAAAUGGUUUUCACAGCCCGUUAAUAAACAAUUUUCUAAAGGUCAUGUACAUAUUGCUACAUCUAUACUUUUAUCAGGUACUUUAUUUGCUACAUUUAAAGUAUUUUGUUCAAGCUUAAAACUUGUAAUGUUUAGUAGAACAACAUACGAUAAAAUUAUGAAUAAAUAUACUUACCCUCUUAUCGAAAAAAUAUGGGAGAAAAAGAGAACAGAACACAUCAAUUAUUUCAAGGAAAGUGGACAGUUAUGGAUUGCUGGAGAUGGUCAAUACGAUUCACCUGGGUUUUGUGCCAAAUAUUGCACUUACACUUUUAUGGACAUUAAUUCUGGAUGUAUC